AUGGAUACGAAUAUGGAGGAUGUCGGGCGCGUUCCCGCCGAGCUUACCUCGUCGAACUUCGAGCCAACCACCAUCCCGACACUGGACGGCUGGAUUGAGAGCUUGAUGAACUGCAAGCAGUUGGCCGAGUCUGACGUCCAGAGAUUGUGCGAGAAGGUCGGUCCCGCCAUCAUUUCGCCCGCCGUUUACCACCGCGAUCGCGCCCGCGCCGGCUUGGCUUCCCGCACGUUAAACCCCCCUGCCGCUGUCGCUGCCGCUGCUGCUACCGCACGCGAAGUCCUCCAAGACGAGUCCAACGUUCAGCCGGUGAAAUGCCCCGUUACCGUUUGUGGAGAUAUCCACGGUCAGUUCCAUGACUUGAUGGAGCUCUUCAAGAUCGGAGGUUCGAACCCGGACACAAACUAUCUAUUCAUGGGUGAUUAUGUCGAUCGUGGAUAUUACUCAGUUGAGACUGUUACUUUGCUCGUCGCCCUCAAGAUCCGAUACCCCAACCGCAUCACCAUUUUGCGCGGCAACCACGAGUCGCGCCAGAUCACACAAGUAUACGGCUUCUACGACGAGUGCCUGCGCAAGUAUGGUAAUGCCAACGUCUGGAAGUACUUUACCGAUCUUUUCGACUAUCUUCCUCUCACCGCCCUGAUUGACAACCAAAUCUUCUGCUUGCACGGCGGUCUUUCCCCUAGCAUCGACACGCUCGACAACAUCAGAGCGCUCGACAGAAUCCAGGAGGUUCCCCACGAGGGCCCCAUGUGCGACCUGCUGUGGUCGGAUCCCGAUGACCGUUGCGGAUGGGGAAUCUCGCCCCGUGGUGCAGGCUAUACCUUCGGCCAGGAUAUCUCGGAAGCUUUCAACCACAACAACGGUUUGACGCUUAUUGCCAGAGCGCAUCAGCUUGUGAUGGAGGGUUACAACUGGUCCCAAGACAGGAACGUUGUCACCAUAUUCUCGGCACCCAACUACUGCUACAGGUGCGGUAACCAAGCCGCCAUCAUGGAAAUUGAUGAACACCUGAAAUACACAUUCCUGCAAUUCGACCCGUGCCCUAGGGCUGGCGAACCUAUGGUCUCGAGACGAACUCCCGAUUACUUCCUUUAA